AUGCUUCGAUUGUUUACCACGGUGGCAGCGUCGGUGCCUGUAGCUGCUACCAGAGGCGUAGCUGCUACCAGAGGCACUACGUUCACUCGUUUGGCCAUGCUGAGUACCAUGCGUGGCGGCGAGAGUCCGGCGUAUGAAACCCUUGACCAUCCGGCUCCCGGGUCGCCGUUCCACUAUGCAUUUCCUGUGCACGACCUUGAAAAGGCCAAGGAAUUUUACGGAGGAAUUUUGGGGUGCAAUGAAGGAAGAAGCUCUGAGAAGUGGCAAGACUACAGUCUUCACGGUCAUCAAAUUGUAGCUCAUUGGGUUGGCAAUGACUAUCGGUGUCAAGACUAUUAUAACCCAGUAGACGGCGAUGAGGUGCCCGUUCCCCAUACAGGUUUGGCCCUUACAGUAGAACAGUUCCAUGACCUUGCUGAUCGCCUGAGGAGUGCGGGUAUUGAAUUCAUUAUUGAACCUCAUCUUCGCUUUGAAGGACAGCCUGGAGAGCAGUACACCAUGUUUUUCAAGGACCCAAGCGGAAACAACCUGGAAUUCAAAGCAAUGACCAAACCAGAAAACCUCUUCGCCAAAUACAAUGUGGUUGACAAGUGA